AUGGCCAAGCUGGCCACUCACUACCCUCGGGUCUACGAUCGGCUCUUGGAGGAUGCAUCGAGGGCUGCCGACUUUGAGGUCCGCGUGCAGCAAGCUGGCUUCCAGAUGGCCACGGUCAAGGACGCAGCGACUCAGCGACCAGCUGAGAUCGUUGCCCUCCGCUCCAAGGCGGCACUGGACGACCUGAUGGCCAAGUGCGCGCUGGACCUGCAGCAGGCAUAUCUGGCCUCACAGCCGAAAGCAAAGCUGUGCAACCCCGACAUCAAAAUCACGACGGCACGCAAAACAACACAAGAGAACAAGACAAUUUCAUCGGCUCCUAUCAUGCCGAGGAGUACAAGCGCGAAGAAUCACGCACAUAGAAACAAAAAUCGUACAAAAAGACCAAGUAUAACCAGAGAUACGGCCAUUUCAAACAUCAACGUCAAGCCGACGGACAAGUGCCCGCUCUGCAGCAACAAGACACCUCAGCCGCGACUGACCCGCGAGCACCUGCUGACCUGCCGUCCCAUCAAGCGUCACAACGCCCUUCGCGACGAGAUGGGCCGCCUGCUCAGGUACGCCACCCUCUCCCAUGUCUGGGUGGAAAAGUCUGGCUACAACGCCAACGGUCAGAGCUGCCGCAUCGACCUGCACUGCCGCAACCCCUUUCCCGGCGGUGCUCUGGGCCCAGCUCUGCCCGACCUGGGCAUUGACGUGACUGUGCGCACAGCCCAACCCCCGACCAUCUCGCAAGCCUGCAUCAAGGUGGGCGCUGCCCUUCGCCGAGCCGAAAAGGAGAAGCGCGACUACUACACCGGUUUCAACCAUGGAAAAACUCUGAUCGUCCCUGCGGCGAUGACGACAACCGGUGGGUUCGCCUCCUCCUUUGUGGAUCUGCUUGGUCAGCUCGCCCGCUGCGCCGAGGCCCGUGGUGUGUACCAGCCGGGGCUGGACGAGGCCUUUGUUCCUCGGUGGAAAAGUCGCUUUGCGGCGCUGGUCCAUCAGAUGAACGCUGACCACAUCCAGCGCCACUUUGGCGGUGUCUGCCUGCGCUCGUCACCCGAGCAGAACAACAGUGAUCAAGUCCUGCCCGAGCGGAUCAGACCCGAGCAGAUCAGACCCGAGCAGAUCAGGCCUGACAAGGACAGACCCGAGCGGAUCAGAUCCGACAAAGACGGGCCCGAGCAGAUCAGACCCGAGCAGAACAACAUUGAUCAAGUCCCGCCCGAGCAGAUCAGACCCGAGCAGAUCAGGCCUGAUAAGGACAGACCCGAGCGGAUCAGAUCCGACAAGGACGGGCCCGAGCAGAUCAGACCCGAGCAGAACAACAUUGAUCAAGUCCCGCCCGAGCAGAUCAGACCCGAGCAGAUCAGGCCUGAUAAGGACAGACCCGAGCGGAUCAGAUCCGACAAAGACGGGCCCGAGCAGAUCAGACCCGAGCAGAACAACAUUGAUCAAGUCCCGCCCGAGCAGAUCAGACCCGAGCAGAUCAGGCCUGACAAGGACAGACCCGAGCGGAUCAGAUCCGACAAGGACGGGCCCGAGCAGAUCAGACCCGAGCAGAUCAGGCCUGAUAAGGACAGACCCGAGCGGAUCAGAUCCGACAAAGACGGGCCCGAGCAGAUCAGACCCGAGCAGAACAACAUUGAUCAAGUCCCGCCCGAGCAGAUCAGACCCGAGCAGAUCAGAUCCGACAAGGACGGGCCCGAGCAGAUCAGACCCAAGCAGAACAACAUUGAUCAAGUCCCGCCCGAGCAGAUCAGACCCGAGCAGAUCAGGCCUGACAAGGACGGGCCCGAGCGGAUCAGGCCUGACAAGGACAGACCCGAGCGGAUCAGAUCCGACAAAGACGGGCCCGAGCAGAUCAGGACCGAGCAGAACAACAUUGAUUAA